AUGUCUGCCGCUACAGAUAAGGCACGGUUCUUCCUGGAACAGUCGGUGCCAGAGCUGAAGGAGUACGAGAAGAAAAAGCUUUUCAACAAGGAUGAAAUCAGCGCAAUUAUUAAAAAACGAUCGGAUUUUGAACACAAACUCAACGCCCGCGGUGCCACACCUGCCGACUUUGUGCGAUAUGCACAGUAUGAGAUGAACUUGGACACUCUCCGGCGCAAAAGAGUAAAGCGAUUAGGAAUCAGAUCGGCCGGUUUCAGCGGCCAGCGACGGAUUUUCUUCGUUCUCGAUCGAGCUACUCGCAAGUUUCACGGAGAUGUUGGAUUAUGGAUACAAUACACUGAAUAUGCCAGGCAGCAAAAGGCGUUCAAGAAGCUUUCGUCGAUCUUUACAGAUGCUUUACGGUUCCAUCCCACCAACGCAGAACUGUGGGUUUACGCCGCCAAGUAUGCCCUAGACGACCAUGCGGAUAUGACACAAUCUCGAAGCUAUAUGCAGCGUGGAUUGAGAUUUUGCAAGAGUUCGAAGUUUCUGUGGGUUCAGUAUGCCAAGUUGGAAUUGAUUUAUAUCGCCAAGCUGGUCGCUCGUCAACGGAUAUUGGGACUCGACAGAGAAAUUGAACCCGCCAAGCCCGAAGAAGACACUGCAUUUGAUGACCCUGACGCCGACAUGAUUGCACUUCCAAAAAUUACCGGUGAAGAUAUCAACCCGAGCGCUGGAGAUGAGGAUGGAGUCGACCAGGUAGCGCUAGAAAAGCUCAAAAGCUCUCCUGCACUGAGUGGCGCUAUUCCACUGGCCAUCUUUGAUUCGGCCUGGGAUCAUUUCAAGAAUGACACCCGGUUCGGCCAUGAAUUCUACGAUAUGGUAUUCGAAUUUGGCGACUUGCCGUGUCUGCGCAAGAUUUUGGGGCAUAUUAUCGAGGCAAUGAUGGGGGCCAAGUCCAUCAGUCAUCAUGCGCAGAUCUGCUACAUCAAGUUCCCAACUGCAGGAAUCCAAGUCACCUCACCCGAGUUCCCACGAGCACUGGGUGCAUCUCUUGCACGUAUGAAAGAGCACCGACAGCAAGGCGAGUUAGCCCAAGAGAUCAUCAGCUGGUUGCAGCCGCUCGAAAAGACGGAGGGUCUGGAUCCUUCGCUGCAAAGAGUCAUUGCUGCCACAAUCCGCAGUUCCGAGCGUACUCUGCAGACAGAGUAA